AUGCAGCAGCUGGAUCUCCCUCCAGGCGAUGCCUCUGCUGAGGGCCUAAAAGCUGCAGAGAAAGAAUCAGACAGCAGGAGCAGCAGCAGGAGCAGCAGCAGCAGCAGGAGCAGCAGCAGCAGUAGCAGCAGCAGCAGCAGAUCACUAGCGAUGAAUUCCGGCGGGCUGCGUCCUCGCGGUGGGCAGUUGCCUGCGCCAGCAGCAGCAUCAGCAGCAGCAGCAGCAGCAGCUUCUGCUGCUAACCGCAGCUGCAGUAUGGGGUCUUCGUCCGAAGAUACAGAUCGAGGUGUCUGUACACCUGAAGCAGGAGGACGCGUUGCAGAUGAUGCUGCUGCUGCUGCAUCUGCUGCUGCAUGCAGUGUGGGGAGACGCUGGGGCUGCGAUUCGCUGCAUGCAUGGGCAGCAGAGCUCUGUCAGCAGCCUGGGGUGUAUGCGCAGCUCUUUUUGCUGCUUCGUUCAUCUCAAACUGAGCUUGCUGCUCUCUGCAUGCAGCAGCUGCAGCCCCGUCGCUUCGCAGACAUCAGAGACGCUUCUGGCUAUACUCUGCUGCACUGGGCUGCUCUUUGUAACGAACGCAGCAUCAUGAAGCUCCUCAUAGAAGCAGGUGCUGACGUAAACGCUAGAGCGAGUGAAACGAAGCAAACACCGCUGAUGUGGGCGGUAACGAAAGACAAUGCUGCUGCAGCACGUUUGCUGCUGCAGCACGGCGCAGCUUUAUAUGAGCACCAGCUAACCUCCAGCAGCAGCAGCAGCAGCAGGAGCAGGAGGAUAAGUGAGGGAUUGCAUGCAGAGCCCCUGUGCGACUCACAAGGAGAGCGUUUGCUGCUGCUAGACUCUAAAGGAGCCACGUGCUGCACUUUAGCUGCGCAGCACAACUCACCAAAGUGUUUGCUGCUGCUGACGAAGCUGCUCGGGCCUGCAGCACUCGCUGUCCCUGAUGCAAGCGGGUCAACGCCCGCGCACUGGGCAGCUUAUAAGGGGCACACGCUGGUGCUGCGUUUGCUGCUGUACUUCAACGUAGAUGUAACAGCUGUUGAUUUGUUUGGCUGUCUCCCUCUACACCGCGCAGCAGAAGGGGGACACCUAGAAGCCUUUCG